GGCGACAUUAUCCCGACGUUCGACGUCGGUCGGUCGGCAGUGACGAUUGUUUACACGAUGGCGUCCGGCGGUGAAAACGCGACUGAGGAACGGACGGAGGCGUCAACGCCGGCUCAACCCGUUGCCAAUGCCGUAUCCGAGACGACCCACAAAGUGAUAGGGAUGGAUAAGGAUGGCGAAUUGUCUGGUGUACCAGCAAAGAAACCUCGUGUCGAAGUGCAAUCUCUUCCAACCAGACAGUAUUUAGAUCAGACCGUAGUGCCGAUAUUGCUGCAAGCAUUGUCAUGUCUGGCCAAAGAGAGACCCGCCGAUCCUAUAAGUUUCCUCGCCGGUUAUUUAUUGAGAAACAAGAGUCAGUACGACAGCGGCGGUUCGCCGCCGACUAGUCAAUGAAUGCUUCCACGUCUGCACGUACUCGUUUUAUGGAAAUUCAAUGAACAUUUCUUCGUAAGAAAUCUCUUUUGAUUUUUUUAAAUACAUAUUUAUGAUAAACAUAUAUACUUUUGUAUUUUCGUAUAUGAAAUAAAAAUGUGUUAGCUUUUUACUAUAGGGAUGACAGUGAUGCAUGGAUGUACGAAAUAUUUGGAUGAAGCAUAGUGCUAUGGGGUUGAAGUUCAAAGAGAAAGGAUAGUAAUGUAAAAUUAUCAAAAUGGCAAUGAUGGUAGUGGAAAGAGCGGGGCGUACUACAUUAAUACUAAAGGCUUGUCUACAAUGCCGUCGUGUUCAAUGUUGUUCUGUUAAGCGCGUCUUGUUUAAUCACAUUGUGAUUGACCAUAGCCACUCAUAGCGAUCAAUGCUUGGAGGAUUUCCACUGUGUGUGAACUAACCAGAAAGUUUUAUAUUAAAUUAUCCAAUUAACGAUAUAGACACUCUGUGCCUCAGUUAGGUUGCAGUCUUAAAAUCGCAGUGUUGUUGAAUUAGGUUACAAUUUUAAAAGAUAGUUGAAUUAUCUCACGAUACUUGUCUGCAUAUUUCUGUCUCAAGUCGCUAGGUUGUAACAUAAUAAUCAAUCAAUUAUGAACAAUGUACUAUGCUUUCUAUGAAUGUCGUAGGUCACAGCGACAUUUAUAAUCGCGGUUGCUGGAGUAGAAAUAGCAAACCGAAUCGAGCCACGCAUACAACUAUCCUGUGAGAUAUUAGAAACAAUAUUACGAUCAUUCUUGCGAUUUUAGACGAAUUUGCGAUUGCAUUAUCGACUAAGCUUUACAAUAACUGUUCACGAACACGGCACUACGUUUCUCUAACAGAACAAUCAAGAUGGAUUUUUUUCCAUAAUCUUUCAAGCUUCACUCCCCUGGCCUAAAAGAGUAUUUUACGCUGUUCAGAUAUUUCGUAUGUUCAUGUUUUAGAGAUAAAAUCGCGUUGUUCUGAGAAAUGUAA